AUGGCAGAACAACAUAUAGAAGUAAAACCAUUGACUGAUCUUGAGAAAGAACUUCAAUAUGAAUUCAAAAAUAAGGAUUUAAUUCGACAAGCAUUAACUCAUAAAUCAGCAAUCAAUGAGAAACAUCCAAUGGCUUUUCAUUGUGAUUAUGGUCCAUUAGCUUUUCUUGGUGAUGCUGCGCUUAAAUAUGCUGUUGCUCGAUAUUUAAUUCAAAAUGGACAAGAAGAUGUUAUCACAAACCCUGCAAAAUUAAACAAAGGAACACAAACUAUUGUUCCAAAUGUUGUUUUAGCUGAGAUUGCCAGAGAAAAACUUUGUCUGGAAAAGUAUUUGACACGCGGAAAAGGAUUAUCGAAAAUAUCUGAAGGAAUGUAUGCCAGUUGUUUUGAAGCGAUUCUAGGUGCGAUUGCUCUCGAUUGUGGAGUUGACCAACAGGAAGUCAUUUUUUGUCUAAUUGAAAGAUUAUGUUCUGAUCGAUAUAAAACAUUUCUUAAACCACUCAAUUUAUGGACUUUUAAAGCAGUAUAUGAUGAUGAUGAGGAGGAGGAGGAAAUCUAUCUCGUCAAAGCUUCCUUAUUUGAUUGUAUGCGACAGCGUGCAGCAUCAAGUGCACAAUCUUAUCGAAUUAUCGUAGAAACACGUGAAAAAAAUCGCUUACAAAAGUUAGGUUUUGUUAUUUUAUGGUUCUUUGCUAUGUGUGGUAUUUUAUUGAUCAUUUGGCAUUUUCUUCCAUUCAUUCAAUCUUAUUGGUGGAAUAAUAAUGUAUAUCAACACGGAGAAUUUUAG